AUGAGUAAUAAUUUGUUCAACGCUCUCACCUUCUCCGAUAAUGAAGAGGCUCCAGAAUAACCACAAAAAAAGAAUAAAAAACACACCAAUAACGAGUAGGUUAUCCCUGCCGAAUAAGUAGCAAAAGAAAAUACUCAACAUCACAAUCCCGCUCCUAAGACCAAGGGAGUCCCUGCUGAGCCUCAUCCAAAGGAUAGACAAUCAGGCACAGGAAGAGGCAAAGAAUAAAGAAAAGAAGGUGGAGGCAGAAAUAAUUGGGGCAAUUACAAAGAUGACCUUCACGAGGAAAAAUAUGUGGCAAAAGAAAAAAAGACAGGUGAUGGCCAUUAAGAAGUCAAGGCUGAGUAGACAACUCAACCUGUUUAACCACCAGCCCCAGAAAAAACACUUGCUGAUUAUUACUAAUAAAGAGGCGCUAAUGUUGAGGAAGUACUAAAAUAAGUUGAAGUCAAACAAUAAGUUCCAAAGAAGCUUGAUGAAGAGGCUUUGAAGAAGGAAAAACUCUUUGUCAUGAAAACUAGAGAAGACGAAAAGAGAGAACAAGAAUAAAAAUAAAAAAAACAAAAAUAAUAAUAAUAAUCAACAUACAAAUCUGAAUUGAAUCCUUAAGCUGCUGAGUAUUUGGGAUUUACUAAUUAAACCCAAGAAAAGAAUGAAAGAACAGGUGAAAGAAGAGGGGAAAGAAGAUAAUAUGAAUAAACUUCAUAAUAUUAAUAAAAAUAAUAAUAAUAAUAAGGAAAAGGUGAAAGAUAAGAAAAACAAUAAGACUAAGGAUAAUAAAGAGAAGAAAGAUAAGAUAGAGGAGAAAAGUAAUAUAGAGGAGAUAGACAAUACAAAGGAGAUAGAUAAUAUAAAGGAGAUAGACAAUACAAGGGAGAUAGAUAAGAAAGAGGAGACAGAUAAGAAAGAGGUGAUGGAUAAAAUAGAGGAGAUGGAUAAGAUAGAGGAGAUGGAUAAGACAGAGGGGACAGAUAAUAUAAAGGAGAUAGACAAAAUAGAGGAGAAAGAUAAAAUAGAGGAGAUGGAUAAGACAGAGGCGAUGGAUAAGACAGAGGGGAUAGAUAAUAUAAAGGAGAUAGAUAAGAUAAAGGAGAUAGAUAAUAUAAAGGAGAUAGAGAAUAUAAAGGAGACAGAUAAUAUAAAGGAGACAGAUAAAAUAGAGACAAUAACACCAGAGAUUAAGAAAGAGGUGAAAAGUCUAGAAGAGGAGGUGAUAGAUAAGAACAGAAGCCAAUAUAAAGAAAACAAGAACAAGGAUUUCAAUUAGACGAUAAAGAUUUCCCAGCUCUAUGAAUGUGAUAAGUAUAAUACACAUAUAGUACAUUUAUAAAUCUUAAUUAAAAUAAAA